UUCCAUCUUCAACGAUAACAAACAAAUAAAUCGGUUUCGUCGCAUUCAAUAAAUCGUUUAAGAUGUCGUCAGAUGGGUCGGACAUCGAAAUGCAAUCGGCGUUACCGAAAAAAACAUUUAAGAAAGCACCAAAAAGUCCAACAGCAGAUAUUUUAAAGAAGCAAGAAGUGAAAAAAUUCAGUACGAAAGAAAUGAUUAAUCAAGCGUUGAUCGAUCUGAAAAGUCGCAAAGGAACAUCUCUGUACGCCAUUAAGAAAUAUCUCGAAGAGAAAUAUCACGUUGAUGUUGAGAAAAAUAAUUAUUUAAUCAAGAAAUAUUUGAAAGCAAGCGUUGAAAUCGGAACGAUAGUCCAAACUAAAGGGGUAGGAGCCACCGGAUCGUUCAAGCUGGCGGUCGGCAAAGAUAAAUUAGAGAAAACGAAGAAAAAGAAAGAAAAAAAAUCUGAGAUAACAGAAAAAUCAAAACCGGAGAAAACUAAAACUAAAAAAAAAGUUGAAUCGAACGAUGAAAGUAAAAAAGUAGCGAAGAAAAUGCCGAAAAAAGUUGAGAUCUCAAAAAAAAACGAAACAACAGAUAAAAAAGAGAAAGACGUCACGAAGAAAUCUAAAAAUAAAAAAGAGAAAACUGUCAAAUCGAAGGCAAGCAAGAUGGCGAAAGGUAUGCAAACUCCCGCCAAAAAACGGGCCGCCAUGAUGAAGAGAAAAAGCAUUGGUUCGAUUAUCAAACCGCCGAAAAUGAAGCCGAAGGCCGCAGCCUAAAAUACCUAUGUUAGUGUUUAUUGUGAAAUAUUGUUUUUAAGUAUUAUAUUGUGACUACACAUACUAAAAAGGAUAUUAUUUUGAAUAAAGGUAUUUUAUUUUCUCUAUUAUCAUUAUUAAACUGUUUUAAAAUUUCUAAAUAAAAUUAAAAAAGUUUGAAAA